AUGAACUUCAAGGCCAAGGCCAAGAUGAGGGGAAUCCUCAUCUUUGGGCUCCUGUUGGCUACUCCCAGCUGCCGUGGCUCCUAUGAUGACCUGGUCAAGUGCUUCCAGGACCCUGAAUACGAGUCCAUUCUUGUCACGGCCCAGGAGGGCCUCCACACCUCCCCAAUGCCCAGGCACGUGGUGGUAAUGGGAGCUGGCAUGUCCGGCCUGGCAGCGGCCAAGGCACUGCAGGAUGCUGGCCACCAGAUGAGCAGGUCUUGGAGGGGCCUCACUCACUUAGCACCACGAGUGCUCACAUUCAGGAAUGAGGACGAGGGCUGGUGCUUUGAACUGGGGCCCAUGCGAAUCCCAAAGGCCCACAGGCUGGUCCACACCUAUGUCAAGAAGCUGGGCCUGCAGCUGAACAAGUUCCUCCAAUAUGAUGACAACACCUGGUACCUCUUCAAUGGACAACGCUAUCGCACCAGGGAGGUCAAGGCCGACCCAGAGCUCCUGGGCUAUUCCGUGAAUCCCACAGACAAGGGCAAGAGCGCUGUGAAGCUCUUCUACCAGUCCAUUGCCAAGCUCAGAAAAAGUCUGAAAAAUUUCAACUGCAGCCACCUGAUGUCCUUUUAUGAUUCUUACUCCACCAAGGCUUACCUGCUGAAGGAAGGGAAGCUGAGCCGAGGAGCAGUAAAUAUGAUUGGGGAUGUAAUGAAUGAGGAUGCUGGAUACUAUAAGUACCUUCUAGAGUCCCUGUGGACUGACACGAUCUUCCUCAAAAGUGACGACUUUUCCGAGAUCACCAGUGGCUUUGACCAGCUCCCCAAGGCCCUCAGUGCCAGCUUGAAGCCUGGCACCAUCCGUCUGGGCUCCAAGGUGGAGAUGGUAGUGAGGGAUGGGCCUGAGGUCCGGAUUUCCUACCGAAUGGACGAGCCCAACUCGGCACUGCAUACCCUCACUGCGGACUUUGUCAUCAUCUCCGCCUCAGCCAAGGCCACAUGCCUCAUUACCUUUAAGCCACCGCUCUCCCCAGACGAGGUGGAUGCGCUCUGCUCGGUGCAUUACACCAGUGCCACCAAGGUGGUUCUGGCCUGUAAUGAGCCCUUCUGGGAGCGGGAUGGCAUCCAGGGUGGGGUGUCCAUCACUGACCGGCCCUCGCGGUACAUCUACUACCCAAGCCACAGCCCCCCCAGCGGCAAGGGUGUUCUGCUGGCCUCCUACACUGUGGAUGAUGAUCCCCUCUUCUUCAUAUCCAUGAAGCAUGACCAGGAAGUGGAUAUCGUCCUGGAGGACCUGGCGGCUGUGCACCAGAUACCCAAGGAGGACCUGCGGCACAUGUGCCCCUCCUCCGUGCUCAAGCGCUGGUCCCUGGACCCCCUCACCAUGGGCGCCUUCACUGAGUUCACACCCUACCAAUUUGCCGACUAUUCGCAGCAGCUCUUCUGGCCAGAGGGUCGCAUCUACUUUGCUGGCGAGCACACCUGCCUGCCCCAUGCCUGGAUAGACACUGCCAUCAAGUCCAGCCUCCAGGCAGCCAGGAGCAUCCAGGCUGCCGUGGACCAGGAGGCCAUGGGGAGACACAAGACCUUCACCAACACCCAGAAUUGUUUCUAA